GGCGGCGCCGCGGGGAUCCCGGGUGGCCCAGAGCCCCUGACGGCGUUAAUCGAGGCAACAUGGACCGGAUGGCCAGCUCUAUGAAGCAGGUCCCCAACCCACUGCCCAAAGUGUUGAGCCGGCGUGGGGUCGGAGCUGGGAUGGAGGCAGCGGAGCGCGAGAGCUUCGAACGGACUCAGACUGUCAGCGUCAAUAAAGCCAUUAAUACCCAGGAAGUUGCCGUGAAGGAAAAACACGCCAGAACAUGCAUCCUGGGCACCCACCAUGAGAAAGGGGCGCAGACCUUUUGGUCUGUGGUCAACCGGCUGCCUCUCUCUAGCAAUGCCAUGCUUUGCUGGAAAUUUUGUCAUGUCUUCCACAAACUCCUCCGAGACGGACAUCCAAAUGUGCUAAAAGACUCUCUAAGAUACAAAAAUGAAUUAAGUGACAUGAGCAGGAUGUGGGGCCACCUGAGUGAGGGGUAUGGACAGCUGUGCAGCAUCUACCUCAAACUGCUGAGAACGAAGAUGGACUACCACACCAAAAAUCCCAGGUUCCCAGGCAAUCUUCAGAUGAGUGAUCGACAGCUGGAUGAGGCUGGAGAAAGUGAUGUUAACAAUUUUUUUCAGCUCACAGUAGAGAUGUUUGACUACCUGGAGUGUGAACUGAACCUCUUCCAAACUGUGUUCAACUCCUUGGACAUGUCCCGCUCAGUGUCAGUGACAACAGCCGGACAGUGCCGCCUCGCACCGCUGAUCCAGGUCAUUCUGGACUGCAGCCACCUCUAUGACUACACUGUCAAGCUACUCUUCAAGCUCCACUCCUGUCUACCAGCUGACACCCUGCAGGGCCACCGAGACCGCUUCAUGGAGCAGUUCACCAAGUUGAAAGAUCUGUUCCACCGCUCCAGUAAUCUGCAGUACUUUAAGCGGCUCAUUCAGAUUCCCCAACUGCCUGAGAACCCACCCAACUUCCUACGAGCCUCAGCCCUGUCAGAGCACAUUAGCCCCGUGGUGGUGAUCCCCACUGAGACGUCGUCCCCAGACAGCGAACCAGUCCUGGAAAAAGAUGACCUCAUGAAUAUGGAUGCCACCCAGCAGAAUUUAUUUGACAACAAGUUUGAUGACAUCUUCGGCAGCUCCUUGAGCAGCGAUCCCUUCAAUUUCAACAACCAAAACGGUGUGAACAAGAAUGAAAAGGACCACUUGAUUGAGCGCCUGUACAGAGAGAUCAGUGGACUAACAGGACAGCUGGACAACAUGAAGAUUGAGAGCCAGCGGGCUGUGCUGCAGCUGAAGGGCCGUGUGAGUGAGCUGGAGGCAGAGCUGGCAGAGCAGCAGCACCUGGGGCGACAGGCCACAGAUGAUUGCGAGUUCCUACGCACGGAGCUGGAUGAGUUGAAGAGGCAGCGAGAAGACACAGAGAAAGCACAGAGGAGCCUGACCGAGAUAGAAAGGAAGGCCCAGGCCAACGAACAGCGGUAUAGCAAGCUAAAAGAGAAAUACAGUGAGCUGGUUCAGAACCACGCUGACCUGCUGCGGAAGAAUGCAGAGGUGACCAAGCAGGUGUCCAUGGCCAGGCAAGCACAGGUAGAUUUGGAAAGAGAAAAAAAAGAUCUGGAAGAUUCUUUUGCUCGUGUAAGUGACCAAGCCCAGCGGAAGACACAAGAACAACAGGAAGUCUUAGAGACCUUGAAGCAUGAACUGGCCACCAGCAGACAGGAGCUGCAGGUCCUCCACAGCAGCCUGGAAACCUCUGCCCAGUCAGAAGCAAAGUGGGUGACUCAGAUUGCCGAACUGGAAAAGGAACGGGGCAGCUUGGAGAGUGCUGCAGCUCAGCGAGAGGAAGAGCUAUCCACCCUUCGAGAGCAGCUAGAAAGUGCCCAGAUCAAACUGGCCAAUGCCCAGGAAUCUAUGUGCCAGCACACAAAAGACCAGAGGAAAAGGCUCCUGGCAGGGUCUAGGGAGGCUGCAGAGCAGGAGGUACAGGAGGCGCUGAGCCAGCUUGACGAGCCUGCCCUCAUCAGCUGUGCAGGAUCCACAGAUCACCUUCUCUCCAAGGUCAAGUCUGUUUCUAGCUGCCUCGAACAACUGGAAAAGAGCCGAAGCCAAUAUCUGGCCUGCCCAGAAGGCCUGCGACUUUCAUUCUCUGCAGACAUCAGUGGGCUUCUGCACUCUAUCACCCUGCUUGGUCACCUAACCAGUGACACCAUCCUUCAGGGAAGCACCACCAGCCUCCGAGCCCCACCAGAUCCUGCCGACUCCCUAAAUGAGGCCUGUAAGCAGUGUGGCAGGACAACUCUGGCCUAUCUGUCCUCCUUGGAGGAAGAGGGAGCCUUGGAGAAAGCUGACAGUACAGCCAUAAGGGAGUGCCUCAGCAAGAUCAAGGCCAUUGGCGAGGAACUGCUGCCCAGGGGCCUGGACAUCAAACAAGAGGAGCUGGGUGACCUGGUAGAUAAGGAGAUGGCUGCCACUUCCACUGCCAUCGAAGCUGCCACCACCCGCAUAGAGGAAAUGCUCAGUAAAUCCCGAGCAGGAGACACAGGCGUCAAGUUGGAGGUAAAUGAAAGGAUCCUUGGCUCCUGUACCAGCCUGAUGCAAGCCAUCAAAGUCCUUGUUGUGACCUCCAAGGACCUCCAAAAAGAGAUCGUGGAGAGUGGCAGGGGUACUGCAUCCCCUAAAGAAUUUUAUGCCAAGAACUCUCGGUGGACAGAAGGGCUUAUAUCUGCCUCCAAGGCUGUUGGCUGGGGAGCUACUGUCAUGGUGGACGCUGCUGAUCUUGUGGUCCAAGGCAAAGGGAAGUUUGAGGAGCUGAUGGUGUGUUCGCAUGAAAUUGCUGCCAGCACAGCACAGCUUGUGGCUGCAUCCAAGGUGAAAGCGAACAAGGGCAGCGCCAACCUGAGCCAGCUGCAGCAGGCUUCCCGGGGAGUGAGCCAAGCCACUGCUGCUGUGGUGGCCUCAACCAUUUCCGGCAAAUCUCAGAUUGAGGAGACAGACAGUAUGGACUUCUCAAGCAUGACGCUGACCCAGAUCAAGCGCCAAGAGAUGGAUUCCCAGGUUAGGGUGCUGGAGCUGGAAAACGACCUGCAGAAGGAGCGGCUGAAAUUAGGAGAACUUCGGAAAAAGCACUACGAGCUGGCUGGUGUUGCUGAGGGCUGGGAAGAGGGCACCGAAGCAUCAGCAUCUUCCCUGCAAGAAGCAGCAUCCGAGAAAGAAUAGAGCCAAGCCAACGCCCACAUACCAGAAUUCUUUUGCAUUUUGUCAUUUGCACAAACCUGUGAACAUCGAGCGAUGGAUUCCCAACCAGGAUGCUCUCUGAAUCCCCAGUCGGAAGAACAGGGAGGAGUGGCCCGAUGGACACCACCAAAGCAAUGCCCCACAUACCCUACUUGGCAGUUCCACUGAUCCCCACUGCUUCUUAUUAAGUAGUCGUUUGGGUUUUCUAUUUUGCAAAUUUCACUCACACAGCCAAAUCUCUCAAAAAGGGUGCCACCCCUACUCCCUGGAGCUCAAAGCCUUCUGAGAGGAAGCCCCCCAUACUAUGGUGCCACCUGGUGCUCCAUCCACCUCAGCCUCCUCCAUCAACCGAGGCCACUCCCCCCCAGGGGGGGUGACAGCUCUCCUCAAAAAUCAGAACCAGAGCUAGUGCCUUUUCUUCCUCUCCCUGGAUGCUAGCUGAAGGCCUCUGUCCACCUUCACAAGCCAGGGGGUACCAGAGAGUAAAAAGUAAGGUGCCAGAGGCCCAGCUGUUCAGGAGACAUUUUUCUUAGCAGCUCCUCUGACCAGGUUCACACUCUGCCCCUACCCUCAGACAUGUUUGAAUAGAACUGGUGUAAGCAUCAACACUACAUCCCUAGAUGUCCCACGGGCUACCUCCCUUUAAACAUAGGGCCCUAAGAGAGACAUAGACAGAGGAAUCAGUUCCUUGCUCCAGCUGCUUUACCUUUGCAUCCUGUUGAACCGGAAGAAGAUAAUUCCAUGUGCUACAUAUUCAACAGACCCUCAAGCUGAGACCCAUUUGCUUCUGCCGGGGGGAAAAAAACACUGCUGGCUAUAGGACUCUUCAUAUUUAUUACUAACAAUCUUCAAGCAACAGCCUCCCCCAGAGAUGCCUGGAGGACAUCAGGACCACACGUGACUGACCAGGCUUGCUCCUGCCACACCUUCUGUCUUCCAUCUUCACAGAUCACAGUCAAGGCUAAGGGGCCAAGCCUCAUCAGUUCCAGGCUUGAGUUCCAAUGCAGGCAAGUUCCUUGAAGUGUUGGGGAACAGGGAAAAACGGAAAGAGGGAUCACUUGCUGUGACACAUGCAUACAUGUGCACACAAACGCAGACACCCCACUAUUGCUGCCCUGCAGACAGGAUGGAGACAGAGGGCAGCCCACCUAGAAACAGGCAGCCUGACAACACUUUGCAGCUGAAUGGACCCCUGAAUUAAGUGACCUUCUGAUUUUCAAGGAGAAAAAAAAAUGGUGUCUUCCUUGUCUGUCUGUAGCACCUCAUAGAUGGGCGCCAGCAAGCACUUCCUUGAGCCUGUCCCCAACCCAACAGACUAAGUCUUGCUGAGUGACAGGUUGUGAGACUUCUGUUUGAUCACUGUGAAUUAACCCCCUGCUUCCUUCCUCACCCACCCCACCCUCCACUCUGUUUCCGUGCAUUUUCUAAGUGGGCACUCCCAAUACUGUCCCAGGAACCCACAUGGCCUUUCCUAGACAUGUGGCCCCCACACUGGGCUAAAGAAUGGAGACAGCUGCAGUGGAAGCUGGAUGGUCUUAUGUCAGAAGAAUGUGUCUCUGCUUUGAGUCUCUCACAAGUGACAUCACUGGCCCAUUUGAGCCUGUCA